AUGGGAGAAAAAGAAGAAGAAGAAGAAAAGAAAAAUAACCUGGCUGGCUGGCGCCAAAAAGCAACAGCUGUUAGAAGAUCAGGAACAAGAGAGAUGAAGAAAAAAAGAAAACAUGCAAGCAUCAAACAAACAAACAAACCAAACCAAACCAAACCAAACAGCCAUCAUUCUUCCUGUUUUUUCCUUUCGCUCAUCUUUUAUACCCCCUUUUAUUCUUUCUUUCCUAUGUUCAAGCAUCAUGAUUCCCCAUACCUCAUGUUUAUUGUUCUCCUUCUUCCCUUUGUUCUGUCCUGCCUGCCUGCCUGCCUGCUACGAUAUGCCAUGAUACCACACGAUUUCCCACCAACUCCAUCCGCCGAAUAUCAAGAAACAACAUCCACAAAAAAAGUAUGA